AAAUAAAAAAGAAACGGCGUUUCGAUUUUGGAGAUGCGCUCCGGCGCUUCCUAUUUCUGAUCCCUUCUCCUUUACUUCAACGGCGAUGUUAAUGGCCACUCCCUCAUUUGAUUACCUCUCUUUAAGAAGUUUAUAAAUGGCUAAACUGAAACCUAUUCACUUCUCCUAUCUUCCCCUAUAUGUGUUUCACUCUGAUUUUAUGAUUCUCCAACUCCACAGAUCCGUCGAAAGCUACGGCAUGGCUCCUGAUUCUCUGUUCGUCUUGACGUUGUUCCCCGCUUGUGAGAGGUGAAGCUGAUCUUCAGGUUAAUUCAUUUAUGGUAAAUCCGGAAUCCACCAUACUAAUUGGGCUCGAGAUGCUCAUUUAUCUUUCCCACUUGAUUCAACUCCACCCAACCAAAGAAAGUUCUUUUAAUUUUCCGAGAAAAUCAGCAAAGUGAGCAAUAUAGAGCACGAGAGGAAGGAAAUAAUGAGCUCAUGGGUUUGCUCUUACGUGACUCGAAACGUCGUAACCGCCGAUCAUCCACAUCCUUUCUCAUCAUCCCAACAAUUUGGUUCUCCGCCACGUAGAGCAUCCAUCAGGUUACCCUUAACAUCUAUGCCGAAGUUUCAGCUACUUAAACUCCAAAAGUUCCAAUCUUUAUCGUCGACCCGUGAAGGAGAACAAGACUCCGAGUCAGUCGUACAAACCCUCAAGAUUCCAGACGAGUGGUUGCUCCCUUCCAAGGCCAUCGAGGCUUCUCAUGUGUCCACAUAUACGAGGUGUACGACAAACGAGGGCUCACAAAAUUCAUUGGCGGAGCUGUCUCAGGCGGAGCUACCAGUACGGUUCUCAAAGACGGUACAACUAGAGCAAAUGUUAUCUGGUUUGUUUUGUGCCAACGUGCUACAGAGCUUAAGUUUCCUUCGAGAAUCCAUAUCACUUCGAAACGUUUUGCUGCCAUUUUCUACAGGUCCACCAAGAUGUAGAUUUACGAGGCUACAAAGCGUUCACUGUACAUUGCAAGGAAAAAGCGUACGUAAGAUUCAGUUGUAACAAUGGGGAUGAACAUGGUAACCAAAGUGAACUGGAUCGAGGGACGUGGCAAAUCAGUAGUUUAAAAGGCAGUUAUCAAAGGAGAGAUCGUGAACAAAGUGUUAACAAGUGAAAACAAGUGUGGCUGUCUUGGUGGAGCUCAAUAUGCUCAAGAACUUCACCCUCUAUGCUGUUGCAGGCUCUCUAGGUGGAUUCAGCACUCACGCCAGCAACAUAGUGUUUGAUGUAUUCAUAGCUACUUGCCAAGAUCAAGCUUAAAACAUGGAAAGCUCUCAAUGUAUCACAAUGAUGGAAGCCAUUAAUGGGAAAGAUAUACAUAUCUCUAUCACUACACCGGGUAAUGAUCUCCCUCCCUCCCUCCCUCCCUAAGUUUUUGAAUUUGACUUGAGAGAAAGAACACAGUUUCCGUCUCAAUCGACUGCUAUGCGUUAAAGGAAGGAGCAUGGAAUCACUGGGGAUGAACUCAGGGAGGGUAGCAAUGAUAGUGGCAUGAGCAGUUUUGGCAUGAGAGUUAUCUCUAAUAUCAGCAAUUGCAGCUGGACAAUAUAUCUCUAGAGCAACGACAUGGAUGAUAACAACAUUAUCUGAAUCUUACCUUUACAAAAGAUUGAGCAUUUCAACAUAGUGGAAAACACAUUGAAUUUUUAGUUUGUACCUUUAUCUUUUCAAGAAGUUGGAGGAAGCAAGAGCGUGUAAAUUUAUACAUCUAUCGUCUUCCAAAACCAGAAAGGCAGCUAAGUUAGAAAUGUGUGUGUUAUUUGGAUUACAUAUGAAAAUAUAUUCACGCCAGCACAUAAUUAUUCUUGGUC